AUGGGUUAUCAUUCUCAAGGUAGAGGAGGAGGCGGUGACAGAGGUGGAGCUAGAGGCAGAGGACGUGGUGGAGAUAGAGGAGGUUUUGGUGGCCCCGGAACCGGCGCAGGCUUGGGGUUGCAAAAAUUGGAGAAUGUAAAAGUUUCAUUUACGCCAAAGGCCGAAGCAGUAAGCUCAUUGGAGGCUAUCAACAAGUACAAGAAAACCUUUGCACGCCAGAUUUCUGAAGACCCUCACCAGAUUUUGUUGCGUCACGAUUACGGUGUGCAAGGUACUGCAGUUGACGUGGCUACAAAUUUUCUCAAGUACACCGUGACGAAUUUCAAAUUGUAUGUUUAUUUUGCCGAAGUUGAAGACCAACUGGAUCUCGAGGCAACGAAAAGCGACAAGUCGGGCAAGAAGGACAAGAUUAAAAAGCCUCUAUUGACGACUAAACUGGCGCUUGAAAACUAUGUCUUUGUCGCGGAGCCGUUCAGAUCCAAGCGAUCCCAGAUCUACUAUCGUGAUUUUAAUAUGAUGUAUGCAACCGUACCGUUGCCAAUUGAAGACGUGUUGAAGUUUCCCAUUCCGGACAGGCAAGUAUCGGUAAAGAUCCAGUAUGUGAAGGAGUUGAACUUCAGCGAAUUGAUGAAAAUCCUGACUCUUCAAACUUACACCAAGGACUUCCAAGAGGCGGCAGAAUAUACCAAUGCCCUUAUUGCCGUGAUUGGGUCCAAGAUUUUAGAAAACCAACACGUUGUUGGCAUUGGCUCCAACAAGUUUUUCCUUUUUGACAAGUCAUCGCCCAUUGAAAACUUCCAAAAGGGUUUAUUGAUAGCCUUGGGCACCGUUGUAUCUGUUCGUUGCUCGUUUGGAAAAGUGAGGGUGAAUUUGAACCCAACUCCGGGUAUUUUCUACAAGUCAGAAAAAUCAAAUGGACAGCCCAUGAAUGUGAUUGAUUUGGUCCAGGACUAUUGCCAAUUGGCCUCUAUUCCAACUGAGGCAAACUUUAGACUGAUUCAGCAAUUUUUAAAGGGUGUCAAGGUGUACAGGAAUUACCUCAAGAAAAGGUCCGGCAAGGCUAUUCAGGGUUUUGAUUUUAAAAACAAUUGCAACACUUUAAAAUUUGAAAACGCCAAUGGCGAGCUCACGACGGUGGCUGCUUACUUUGCAUCGAAAUGGGGUAUAAAAUUAAAGUAUCCGCAGUUGCCCUUGAUCCAAAUUGGCGGCACCGCUUCUUUACCAAUGGAAGUUGCUUAUAUUGUUCCGAAUCAAAGAUUCAAAGGCGAAGUGUAUGACACGAAAACUUUGAUCAACUUGACUGCUUUGAGACCUAUGCAAAAGGCUAAAUUUUUGACUCAAGAACAGGCCAAUAUUCUCAGCAAGGUUGAUUUUGGUAAAAUUGAUGACAAGUUUACCAGAAUCCCCUCGCGUAUCUUGCCGGCACCAAGUAUCGAGUAUAAGGGCAACAAAAUGGUGAUUUACAGGGAAGAAGCGUUCAAUGGUAGAAAUGAGAAACGGAAAGGAGUUUGGAAUUUGGAAAAAAUGGAGUAUUUGAAACCGCCCACUGGCAAGAGUUUGUACAAGUUUGGUGUUAUGGUAUUACGAGACAAAUUCUUUGACCGUAAGAGGGCAAGUCUCCAAGAAGCCACAGAGUUGUUUUUCAAGGAACUCAACAGACUCGGCAUCAAAAACAGCGCCAAUUUUCUGAAGUACAUGCUCGACUUGGACAACGCUGCUGUGCGUGACGACGACUCGAUGGAGCGGGAGCUUACAAAGUUGUUCCAAAAGGCUAAAACUCAGGACAAAGUUGACUACAUGUUGGUUGUGUUGUCUAACAAGGAUGCCAAGUACUACCGCGCAGUGAAACGAGUUGCCGAUUUGAAAGUGGGUGUUGCCAACAGCUGUGUUGUUAUCGACAACUUUAUCAAAAAGACUAAAUUUGGCUCUUUUGAUAUGAUGGUGUUUGCUCAAGUUGGCAUGAAGGUAAAUUUGAAGCUCGGUGGUUCCAACCACAAGUUAUCCGACGCGAGUAGCAAGGGCCUUCACGACCAGAAUAAAGUACCCUUAUUGAUUCUUGGCGCCGAUGUGACGCACCCAACUGGCGAGCAAAACGAAAAAGCUGUUUCAGUUGCUUCGGUUGUCGGCAGCGAGGAUGGCAUUUUCAACAAUUUCCCCGGCUCUUUCCGCGUUCAAACUGGAGGACAGGAGGUUAUCUCCGACAUCAAAGAGAUGGUGAUGGAACGAAUUGCAAACUUCAGGAAAAAAGUUGGCAAAUUGCCUAGCAAAGUCUUGUUUUACCGCGACGGGGUCUCAGAGGGGCAGUACUAUACUGUGCUCAAAGAAGAGUUGACCAAAGUCAAGGCGGCGUUCCGAGAAUACGGCAAGGCCAACGCAGUCGCUUUCAACCCAAAGAUUACUUUUAUCGUUGUUGUUAAGCGACAUCAGACCCGUUUCGUGCCCCUCGAGGAGAAUGCAGUCAGUUUGGCAACCAAAAAGACCAUAGCUUCGAUGUCGAACGACAAUGUUAUCCCCGGCACCGUUGUCGACAGAGAUAUAACCUCGAUUGCCUAUUUUGAUUUCUACAUUCAGUCACAACAGGCUUUGAAAGGAACCGGUAUACCUGCACACUACUACGUGUUGCACGAUGAAAACAACUACACGUCGGAUGAAAUUCAAAGAAUCACGUAUAAUCUUUGCCACACGUUUGGCAGGGCCACAAAGAGCGUCAAGGUUGUCCCGGCAGCUUACUAUGCAGAUUUGUUGUGCACGCGCGGUAGGUGCUACAUUGGUCCCACGCCAAGGGAAAUCGUAUCUGGCGGUUCUGUUCUUGAUUAUUGUCGCAAAAAGCUUGGUGACAAUAUCGCGCAAAACAUCCAAAACACCAUGUUCUAUAUUUGA